UCAUAAAUAUUAUAAUUGUCAUGUAAGCGUACUAUCAGCACCCACUCACAAAUCGCUGAUAAAAGUUCGAGAAGUGUGUCUUUUUAAUAAUAUGUAACCGAGUCAUCAUUAUUACUGUACACAAGAAAUUUCGUCUAGUUCUUAUAUUUUGUAUUUAAUUAAACAUAAUAUUGGAUAUCUUUUACACUAAUAGACAUACAGGCCAAUGGCACUCAUAAUUUUUUUAAGUACCAUCAAAGUGUUUAGCCGCGAUUUGUAGUUCUUGUGUGCCUUGGACUUUGACAGGAAAAAAAUAAUGGAAACUGGUGGUCGAUUGUUAGUCGGGGCAAUAGAUUUCGGAACGUCAUAUUCUGGUUGGGCAUUCUCUUUUAAACAUGAAAAUAAAAGAAGUCCCCCAGGUGCAACCGUUAAAAUUUGGGAUGCAGGAACGAUAACCACAGAGAAAACACCGACGUGUUUAUUGCUGAAACCAGACGGAACAUUUGAUUCAUUUGGCUAUGAUGCAGAGAAGAGAUAUGGAGAGCUUUCAGCCAAACAUCUACACUCGAAAUACUUCUUCUUCAGGCAGUUUAAAAUGAAGCUCUACGAACCGUAUGGAAAGGGUAUUAAAAGGGACAUGAUGAUACAUGAUGAAAUUGGCCAGCAGUUUUUGGCCAUAGACGUGUUUGCAAUAUCGUUGAAAUACCUGGUUAAGGAUAUGAUGGAAACUGUAAAUCAGCGAACAGUAGGAGAAUUGUUACCCCCUGAUAUCGGCUGGGUAUUAACAGUUCCUGCAAUAUGGUCGGAUGCAUCGAAGCAGUUUAUGAGAGAGGCGGCGAUAAAAGUUAGAAUUUUAAUUUCAUAUGUAUGUUUCUUUGAGAUAUAUUCAUUAACAGAUACCUGAAAAUCUCCUUUGUAAGGUUUUACCGUCAGUAUGUUUUCCCCAUUGAUUUUGCAAUUUUUAUACGAUUUGAAAACUGUUUCAGUUUAUGAAGAUAUAGAGGAUAUUUGUUUGUUUGUGUGUAAGAUG